AUGGGGGUUUGCUUCAGCAAGAAGAAGAAGAAGAGGAGCAAGGAUUCCGUCGGCAGUGGGGAGAAGUCGAAGCCCAUUCAGGAUUGCAGGGAUCCGCCGCCGACGGAAUCGCCUCAAGAGGAGGAGAAAGUGAAGGAGGUGCUCUCAGAAACCCCCAAACUAGCAGCGGUAAGAUCAAAAGAUGACGAAAUUGUCAAAAGAAGCAGGAGCAGGGGCAAUGACGAUGGUGAAGAGAAAGAAGAACCUGGAGUCAACGGCGACGCAACCCCAACCCCGAGCGAGUCAGCCACAACCACCGCUACUGCAGCUUUCACGGAGCAGAGCAAAGCAGGAGAUGAGGAGGAAGAAGAGGUCGGAAUCUCCGAGAAGAAGAAGACGAGACCGAGACCGAGACCGAGAUCGAGAUCUCAGUCUCCGGCAAAAGUCGUUCACAAGAGAACAAAUUCUCGAUCCUCAGACCACAGAGAUUUUCCCGCCGCUGUUGCUUCUGCUACGAAGAAGAGAGAGAUGAGAGCAGUCGACGUGGGAUGCAGAACCUCGAGAUCAGCGCCGUCGCCAUUGAAGAAUCGCUCGAUUUCUUCGAGGAGAGAUACCGGGGAGAGAUCGGGGAGGAGAUCGGCGUCUCCCGCAGACAAUGACAGCAAGAUGAGAUCUUUUUGUGCGCCAGAACCAGCGGCGACGACGACGACGACGACGAAAGGGCGAUCUUCUCCUCAAUGA